UGCGUCACUUCCUUUCCAUGCGUCACUUCCUGUUUAAAGUACAGACUACUACCAGGAAAAGAAGAGCAUUUCUCUCGUCUUUUAUACGAAGAAAUGUUAGAUAGGUUCCAUAUCCGUAAAAAGUGAGCUAAGUUGUCCAGGAAAAGUAAUAUAUAUAUAGCCUUUAGGAUUUUAAUUCGCAAAUUUUUAGAGGAAAUUGUUCCGUGCAACGAACCUAGUGUCGGCAAGAAACCGCUGAGGGCCAGAUGAGUGGAGCAGCAUUUCCUUCGCCAACAGCAGAGAUGGCGGAGAUCAACCGUAUCCAGUACGAGCUGGAGUACACUGAGGGCAUCAGCCAGAAGAUGCGCAUUCCCGAGAUGCUGAAAGUGGCUCCUCACGCCUUGGAGGACCCCGCUGUGGGAAAACAGGACCUAUUCCCAGGUGUCAUAAUGCAAGUCCCUGAAAGAAUUGUGAUCUCAGGAGAUUCUGCAGACCCUCAGUACUCCAGACCCAGAGAUCUAGACCUCAUCCAGUCAACACCAGUAGAAAGUCUGUCCCUCAAAACUCCCCCCAGGGUCCUCACUCUCAGUGAGCGGCCUCUGGACUUUUUAGAAGAGGAGCAGCGUGGAGCUCCAGAGAGUGAGGAGCUGAUGCGGCCCCAAGGACGCCUGCGCAGGGAACGGUCGGCCAGCGAGAACGCCACCGCCCGCCAUAGCAGCCACCUGCCAUCCAAUGAUUCAAUUGCCGCCCCACCCCGCCCAGCCACUGUCCAAUGCCCCCCUCCCAGCGUGGCUGAGGAGCUCGACAUGUACAACGCUAGUGGUGUUAUAUCUUUUAUCCAGUCCACCACCCGUCGGGCCUACCAACAGGUCCUGGAGGUCCUGGAUGAAAACCCACGCAGCAAACCAUCACUGCGAGGGGGGUCGGCCUCCAGCUCCAACCCCCUGCACGACCCCAGGCUUGGGUUAUCAACAUAUGAGGCUUCUCUGGAGGGGCCGAGUGAAGACCUGACCGUGGUCGAUGCUACGACGAUUCGACGUCAGCUCAUCAAACUGAACCGGAGACUCCAACAUCUGGAGGAGGAGAACAAGGAGAGAGCAAAGCGAGAGAUGAUCAUGUACUCUAUCGCCGCUGCUUUCUGGCUCAUCAACACUUGGGUGUGGAUGCGGCGUUAGACCUGAUGGCGCCGCCAUCGCCAUGCCAGCAGAAUGCACUCGUCCUUCCUUCCUCAGUGUUUCAAAUAUUAGCUACUCGCUGCACUCUGUUCCGGACGUGAGGAGGCCACGCCUCCCGUUGCACACUGGAGGAUUUGAUUACGUUUAUUUAAUACAUGUACAGUUUUAUUUUUUUAUUCUUCUCUCAUCAUUUUCUUUUUUGUUUUUCUUGCUUUCAUCCGAAAUUAAGCGCUAAAAGCUGAAAAUGUCAUGUAAAUAUUUCUUCAUUGCACUUAAAGCUGUGGGAGGAGCUUCACAUCCAAUCAGUCAGUUUGGUAGAAUUUGAAACUCCAGCUUUAGCUCUGAAAUGUACAUUUAUGAAGGUAGCAUGAAUAAUAUGUAACGUCUGCAAAUCCUUUGGGAUUCAGACUUGGAAGUUUGAUUCUACUCAGUAAAGCCUUCCUUUAAUGAUG